AUGGGCUGUCGCCACGACAACUUCUUCGCGCUCGGUGGCCACUCUACGUUGGGCGUACGUCUGAUCAACACUAUUCGCUCCAGCCUGGGUUUCGAGUUGACAUUGCGCGCCUUGUUCGGAGCUUUUAUGAUUGCACGUGGUCUUGGUGGACACGGAAAGAUGGCAGAGACGAUCAAGGAGAUGAUACAGGAUUAUAUCUAUCAGGUCCGCCGCGUCCAGCCUCAUGGGCCCUAUCACCUCUUCGGCUGGUCCUUCGGCGAUAAUGUAACUCACAGCAUGGCAGCGGAUCCCGAGAAGACGGGAGAGAAGGUCAACAUGCUGGUCUUGAUGGACUCGGCUCCAACUAACGGCAGGGCUACGCAAGCGGCUGUUAGCGAUGAUGACGGAGUGCACGACGUGUUCUUCUUCCGCGUGACGGCUGGUGUGGAUGAUACUGUCGAAGCGGCGGAUCCUGCAGAGUGGACACCUUUUGCUCAGGGUGACAUUGAGGUUCACAAGGUGGAGUACGACCAUAUGGAGAUAGACAAGCCUGGUCCGAUGACCGAGAUUGGUUGCGCUAUUGCUGCGAAGUUUGAGAAGCUGCAGCAGUAG